AUGCCACCGAUUCAACUGAAAAAUUCCCUUAUGGUCAUGGGUCUCUCUGAAGAAUUAUUUGUGAGCUUCAAGGAAAAUGUUAGUAGCAUGGAUCAAGUUAGUUGCUACUUUUGAGAAUAGUAUUGACCCCUCAGAUAAAGACUUUGGCCUGUUGCAAUAUGUAAUAACUAGGGAUCGGAUUUUAAAGCAUACUAAAUAACAAAAAAACACAACAUUUUUUUAAAAAAACAAAAAUAAAGCAUAUUUAUUUAUUUAUACGUUUUUUACGCAUUUUAAGCAUUCGUUUUUACUAUAGUCAGUCAAGUGCUGACUGUUGAACGUAAAACAUGGACGUUGCAAAUGCAAUUUGUAUAUGGAUGCUAUUGUAGAAGAUAGCGUCAUAGACAAAAAGAAAGAAAAUAUUGGGUUCAUCCUAUUUUACAAAAUAGACUUCAUGCCUUUGCUUUACUCUUGAUAAUAUUACAAACUUGUAACUUCUUAAACUUACAAUUUUUUCGAAAAAAUAAUUGCACAAAUAGAACGUAUCGCUACGAAAUGGGCGUUGAAACUGAACACUUCAAUGCUUAUCUGUUCCAACGCGCGUAGACAGGGUAAUCGCAUUACAGCGACAUUAAAUGCGCAUUGACAAUAAGGCUAGGUUCACAUGGACGCGCGUUAAUCAGCCGCGCGUGUUUAGAUAUACGGGUUUCUCAUACAUCGUUUACAUGGCGCGCGUAUGCGGGCGUAUACGCGCGUGGAUCGUGAUAACGACGCAAAAAUCUAUUUCCGCGCGUACACGCGCGUGACAGCGCGGAUUGAAAUUCCUUGUAUCAUUAUCGGACCGUUCAGUUGACACGUGCGUUUCGAUGCGAACGAUCGAAUUUUGAUAAAUAUUUUCAUAGUGUUUGAAAACUAGUGUUUUUUUAAAUAUGGAAAUCGAGAUAGAUACUUUAAUUAACAAAGUAGAAAAAAGGUCUGCCAUAUGGGACAUGACAAGGCAUGAAUGAUUUUAGGAUACAAAGUGAUAUAAAGAUUAUCAGAAAGCCUUGUUUUUAAAAUAGGAUGAACCCAAUAUUUUCUUUUCCUCAUUUCUCUACGUCUGCUUAUCUUUUAGUGGACGGCCUACAAACAUACAGCAUCUAUCACAUCCAUUCUCGAUGACAGUCUGGCUUGUACUAUAUAUCGUUUUUAAAUAUAGUUUUUGACUAGAAAAUUUCUGUACAACGCGCGUGACACGCAGCCAUCUGAACAGUAAACGCGCGUCCAUGUGAACCUAGCAUAACGGUACGGUCACGGUCUGGCGAUGGGUAAAAUAUAAUGUAUAAAUAUCUAUUUUUAUAUUAUAUAUAGAUGCAAUCAAGCCGAUAGCAAAAACUAUAAUAAUUCAAUAUAACCAUUUAGUCCAUAUUCCGGGUUUUUGCAUUUCGUAUUAAUUAAAUAAACAUUUUUUUAUUAAUAUAACAUAAUAAACAUAUAGAAAUUCCAUAGCUAGAAUAACUGAAAAAAGCAAUAAAAUAGUAAAAAAAGCAUUUACAUAAAAAAAGCAAAAAUAAAUUAAUUUAUUUGGAAUUAGAAUGACGUGAAACGAAUUUAUGUAUAAAAAUUAAAUUUCUAUUUUAAAUAUAUAUAAAGAAGCAUUUGCUUUAAAAUCCGAGCCCUAGUAAUGGCCUUAGUCUUUGAGAAUUUUGGUAUGCGUGCUUCUAGGUUCGUUUACUUUGGUUGAAAGUCUAAAGGUUCCCGAAGUUUUGCUUAAUGCUCUUGAUAUAAAUUAAAUCGCAGAUGCGAUAUUUCAGAUUUAUUCGGUAAUUGAUCCGUAUUAGAGUACAACUGAGACUACCAGAACUCCUUAUUUUCUGUGUGCUCAGUUAAAUGGUCCUUUAUACUUCAGGGCUCUCCAACUAAAUAAAUCCUGUUCAGAAUUGAUCUACCUGAUUGUAAGCUCUUUUAAUAUUUCGAACAUCGUGAGGUGGAACAGGACUCUCCAAAGGUCAUCAGACUCAAUAUGAUCUCUAACUAUUAUCAAAAGUAUUUCGACUAAAUGGUAUCUUCAGAAGUUGCAUCCAAAAGAACCUCCCCUCCUUCUGUAUAGAUACAGAAUGUUUUGUUCUGUAUAUGCUUGAGCAUAAGCAAAAAGUUUUACAUAUAUAACAUAUACAUAUUAUACACAUAUAUAACUUUAAGUUUAAUAAUAAAAUAUGUGGAAGUAAGAGAAAAGAUGGCCCACAGGGAUGAAAUUUAUCCCUUGUAGUGCGAUGAUUACGACACAAAUUACCAUAGAUGAUAAACUGAUCAAGGAUAAAUUCUGGAAUCCAGUCAACGAGAGUUAAUAAAAUAUAAUACAAUAGGCUGCAAAUCUCAUUUAACAGAAAGCGGCACACUCUGCCUCCCUCGUAGACAUGCCUAUAAUAAUACUACAAUUAGUUUUCAUAAGUCGAUCGUUUUUCAGCAACCGUACAAAUGUCGUCGAUUAUAAGUGAUAUCUUACUCAAUAAUAAAAAAACAAAUGGUUUUUCGGUAUUAAUCGACACUAUAUCAAAAGUAAAUCAAAUAAAUGAUACAUUAACAUUUUGAUUUCUCGAAAAACACGUGACAUAAUUUAAUUAUUUAGAUUCCAUCCAAAGGAAGUAUUUUUCGAAUUGAACAAACUAUAUUAGCUCUAAAAAAAAUCGUACACGUAUGCUCCCAAGUCAAUGAUCAGAAAAUUAAACCAGAUGACGCAUUAGCAAUAUCUACGGAUCUUUUACUUAUAGUCGGUAAUCUUUUUGAACACUUGUUAACAAUACCGAACAAUGAAAUCAUAUCAGAAGUGGAAAGAAUUGAACAGAUUUACAAGUAUACAUAACUAAAUACCUAAUUUCACUAUAUUUACGAAUAGACCCCUUCAGGAAUUUCCAACGGACGGGAUAAAUUACAAUCAUGAAUAAAUUGUCCAAUUUUAUUUAUUGUUGUAAUCUGUUUUUACUUUUAUAACCCUCCGAUAUUGUAAAUUUAAAAAAAAAAUCUUGUUUUUUUCUAAUAAAUAUAUAUCUGUAGCUUAGUGCAAGCAGGAUCUAAUUGAUGAGAAAUUGUAUUUUUAAAUAGGUAUAUGUCAAAAAAUAAAAUUAAGUUAUCAAAUUUCCAAAAAUAUAAUAAUACAUUUUAUAUUCGGAGCAGAAAUAUUGGAUCUAUAUUUUUUUAUUUUUUUUUUUGGUCUGUAAACAACUUCGUACAAAAAUCUUGCUCUACUCUAAAAGUGAAAAGAUAUAUUUUUUUGUUGCAUUUUAGAUCUAGUUGCUAAGGAAUCAAUCAUUGAUUUUCCUUGUAAUUUUUAUAAAAAUUGGAAAAAAUCAAAAAUGACUGAAAAUGAAAACAGGCAAAUUUACGGCGUUAUGAUUUUAUUAUUUUAAAUGCGUUUGGUUCAGGUUUUCUAUCAGAAAUAUUGGCCUUGGCCCAUAAGAAAAACGACAAAAGAUUAAUUUUGUUUGUGAAUCUAAUUCGUGAAUAAUAAUAUCAUUUUUUUUUUUUUUUAUUUGACCAGUAGUUUUUAUAAUAAUUGGGAGAAAACGUAUAAAGAAUGAGGAAGUUUACAACAGGAAAUAAUAGUUUCAUUAUUUUCAAUUUGUGUUUUUUGUUAAUUUUUUUAGAAAUAUUCGUAGUAGGCAUGCAAAGUUAUUCGUUAAACUCGAAGUGUCAAAAUAAUCGAUUAUUUCGAUUAAUUAGUAUAUUUUGAAGAAGCAGUUUAUACACAGUUUAUACGAUAUGUAUUCGUCAUGUUCGAUAGUCAGUUUGAUUGAAAUAAUUGGCACUAUUGAUAUAUUUUGAAGAUAUAUCGAUGUAUUAAAAUACAUGCAUCUAAAGAUGCAUUGAAGCAUUGAUUUCAUUUGUGUCGAUAUAUAUUUAUUUCCUAAUUAUAUCAAUUAAUCGAUACUAACUCUCAUGAAAAACGAUUAAUCGAUAUAUCGGCACAGGCGCAAUUCGUAGGCUUAAAAUGUUGAGAAAACACUUAUAUUUUUCUUUUCUAGACGUGGUCAAAUUUUCAAAAUAUUGUUGUGUUAUAUAUUUUUGAGCUAUUUAAAGACAUUUUAUGUUUUAUGUGUUUUUUUCGUAGUUUUUAUUUUGUAGGUACCAUGUAGACAUUAUUGUUUGACCAAAUAAAAAUGGUUAAAAUUUAACAGUAGGUUCAUUUUAAGUUUUAAUUUUUUUAUUUAAUUGUUUUAAGAUCAAAUGUUACAGAAAAUCUUAAAUAUUACGGCCUUACAAAUGAACUUCGCUCAAAGUCGUUCUUUGUUAGUAAUGGUUAAUCGGUACUCAUAAAUUAAAUUAAUUAACUCUAUGUAUCUUAUUUACGCUUUUUCUGCUCUUUUUUUAAAAAAAAAUUGCUGACAUUGGCUAUUCUUGUACUAAGCUACAGAUAUAUUCUAAGUACGUCCUAAAAAUAAGUUCUAUUUUUAUCGCGUCUGUGCUUUUAUCAUAAUUGUGGUUAUUGCUGAUUAUUUUAUUAUAUCGUAGGGUAAAACUAUUUUAAAACUAUAGUCUGUCCCAGGAGAGAACAGUCCGCUCUCCGACCAAAUCGAAGGGCUACUGCGCAUCUCCACGUCGCAACACUAUCCAUUUAUCCCCUCCCGGAUCUAUCGACAGCGCAGCAACGGCCACCGCAGAAGUGGUGCAGGUUUUGUACACUGCGUUUCAAAUAAUGCACUGUUGACUGUCGAUAGUCCACUGUUUUUAAAAAUGAAAUGUUUUAAUAUAAUUAUUUAUUAUUUAAUUAAUAUAUAUCUCUGUAUUAUACCUACUGUAUCAUACCUACUGUAUUAUACCUACAGUGUUCAAUAAGAUAUUAAAUAAAUAAAUAUGUAUACAAAAAAAACAAAGUCUGGNUGCGAUGCGCGAUGUCUGAUAAUAAUAACAAUUGAAUUUCUACAAAAUAUCCUAGCGGUGUAUAGUCAAAAACCGACGACGGAAGAAAUGACAAUCGGCUUCCUUCGCUGAAAUUAAGUUAUGUGGAGGGGGAAAACAUGCGCACAAGCGGACCGUUCUCUCCUGGGACAGACUAUAGUUGGUAUUACGGCCAGUGAUUUGUUUUAUGAAUGUAAAAUCAUUUUAAACCAGUUUACACCCGCCGUCAAAUUUAUGAUGUUUACGGAGAAAAUACAAUGAGUUAGAAGGUAGGUGUGAUUUUUCAAUGAAAAUUUUCAUGAAGAACAAACUGGGUGACCGUCUUUGAUGAUUGGUAAUUUAUUGCGUGAAGUUGAAAAGGAAAUUUAAAAAAACAAGUUUACUUGAUGUCACUGUCGAUACAUUUUUCUCUUUUACACAUGAAAUCAUUUGUUUAUGAUCAGAAAUUCAAUGGAGACGAAAGAAGAUGUUGAAACAUGGUUUCAAUCACAGGUGACAUCUUUCUAUGAUGAAUGA